UGUAUAAUUAAGUUGGUCAAAAUUAAUUCAACUACAUAAUCCGCAUUAGACAAAUUCAAAUGCAAUAUCCUUUUUGUUGCUGAAACAAUGGCGAUGAUUCUGCAAAUCCCUCCUUCUUCCUUGUUGAACCCUAGAAUCCGAUUCCACUCUUCAAUUCGAACUUCGUCUGAGUCUAAUACCAAGAAAUUCAGAUGCAGAGCCGUCCGAGAGAAAGCCGAAGAGAUUGAGAAAGAGAACACUUCGUCUUCUUCUUCUUCUUCGUCUCCUUCUUCUUCUUCAGCCGAGGAAGUCACGAAGAAAUAUGGACUCGAAAUUGGUCUAUGGAAGAUAUUGAGCUCAAAGGAUGAAGAAAUUGAUGGAGAGAAGAAGAAGAAAUCAAAGACAGAUGAAGCUAAGGAGUUACUUGCUAAGUAUGGUGGUGCUUAUCUUGCUACAUCCAUUACUCUUUCGCUUAUUUCAUUCUCACUCUGCUACGCACUCGUCACUUCCGGUGUUGAUGUUCAAGCUCUUCUUCUCAAGGUUGGGAUUUCGACGAAUGAGACAGGAGAAAAAGUAGGAGCCUUUGCUCUGGCUUACGCGGCGCAUAAAGCUGCAUCGCCGAUAAGGUUUCCGCCUACGGUGGCACUUACUCCUAUUGUAGCAAAUUGGAUUGGGAAGAAAGUGGAGAAGGAGAAGGAUGAUUAGUGUUUUCCCUUAGCUUAUUUGGAGGUAUUAAAAUGUAAAUGUUAUAAUCACUAUAUACAGAUACUAGACAUUGGAAACAUUCCUGAAUCCUCACUUUCUCUCUACCUUUUAUGUACAAAAAUUUAAGCA